UUCACCGAUCAAUUAAACAUUUUAUUUUUACUAAAAAGAUUUUAAUGUUGAAAAGGGACAUUAGACCUUAGAAAAUCACAAAAUUUAACAAAAAGUUGUACAGGAUCUUACCGUUCGUAAGAUAUGAUGAUCUACAGUUGUGUUUUGACUGUAUUUCUAGUACCUGUGCUUAGCAAAGAUGGAGGAUGCCAUGUGAACGACUGGCCACAUUCGUGCCAAGCCAACUUUAUAGUAGGAGCUCAGAGAUGUGAACCAUGCGAGUCAGGUCGUUACGGUUGUAAUUGUUCAGACUCCUGUCCAGAUAAUACAUAUGGAUCAGGAUGUUACCAAGUUUGUAACUGCUCUGAUGAGGAAUUCUGUGAUCAUGUUAAUGGCUGUACAAAGAACAGAACUACAGUUUCAAAAAAAUCUACAGGUAGACUCCCAAUUGAAUCUUCUUCUGUUACUCCAUACAAAGAAGGUGUAUACGUGACAUCAUCAAGACAACUGUUAGGUGGAAAUCCUUUAAUGAACCUAACAAUGUCCCUGGUAGUUUCAUCCGUUAUUGUAAUUGUCUCUAGUACAUUGUUUGUUUGUAUUUUAAUCAGAGUAAGCAUAUGCUACUACAAGCGUAAAUAUAGUAAAUUAUUAAAUCAGUUGCAAUCCAACGAAAUUAGAGCUGAAGACACGAACAUAUAUUCUGACUACGAUUACACUGAUUAUAGAGGAACUCCAAGUAGCAAUCCUCUCCAUACUGAAAAGAACAUAUAUGACCAGUCUAACAGAGUGAGUUACGAUAUUCUCGUCCUAAGGAAUCAGUCAUCGACAGUAAAUAUCUAUGACUCAGAUUGCAAUUCUGAUAUUAUACCACCGUGUUCAAAGCCAGUUUACGAAUCUUUGCCUAUCAAUCAUGCAAAAAAGGAUUUGGAGUUUGAAUUAGAGCCAGAGUGUCUGUUGAAUCUCUUCAAAGAGGAAGAGAAGGACGUGUCCCCUUGUCACUUAUCAAAUCUGGAUAAUGUGCAAUCUGAGUUCAUUAGUGAAACAAAACUUUAGAUUUUGAUGUUUUCAUUUUAAUAUGAUACAUUAUUAAAAUCAAAGUCAACAAUAUCUCUCUCUCUCUCUCUCUCUCUCUCUCUCUCUCUCUCUCUC